CGUAGACAUACCUUCUCAGUCGCAAUGUUCUGCUCGGCAUCGAGGGCCUUAAUUGCUAUCGGAUCAAGAUCUGCAUUGCUGUCCCGUCGUUUCUAUCAUGUUACCCUAACUCUUCCUAUCGAGAAAGAAUAUAAUCAGCCGGUCACUUCCUUCAUCAACAACGAGCAUGUGAAACGGUCGGACAAGCCCGUCAGAGCAGCAAAGGAUCCCUCAACGACCUUAGAAAUCUGCGAGGUAUCUUCUGCUUUUCAGGAAGAAGUCGACAAGGCGGUAAUUGCUGCCCAAGCAGCCCUGGCGCCCGGCAGUGAAUGGACCACCAUGAGUCCAGCAGAGCGUGGCCGCCGUCUAUAUCGUCUCGCAGACGCAAUGGAGGCGAACAAGGAAACCCUCUGUGCUAUUGAGGCUUGGAAUGCCGGAAAGCCGCGACAUAUCGUCGAAAGAGAUGAUUUCGCGGACGCUGUUGGUGCUUGUCGAUAUUUUGCAGGAAUGGCGGACAAGAUCAAUGGACGGACGAUGGAUUUCGGGAAUGGGAAGUGGGGAUAUACUAUUGUUGAGCCUAUCGGCGUGUGCGGACUGAUUCUUCCUUUUAACUUUCCUUUGAGCACGCUCUUCUGGUACCUCGCGCCAGCACUUGCAUACGGCAAUGCCCUCCUCGUCAAACCAUCCGAGCACACCCCAUUAUCAGCACUCUACCUCACCCACUUCAUCAAAGAACUCUUCCCACCUGGUGUAAUCAACAUCCUCCCCGGGGGUUCCGAAACUGGGGCAUGCAUAGCAUCGCAUCCUUCCAUCGACAAAGUCGCAUUCACCGGGAGCUCAGCGACAGGAAGACGAAUCCUGGACUUGACCGCCGCCUCGAACAUGAAAUCCACGAGUCUCGAGUUAGGCGGAAAGAGCCCGCUCGUGGUCUGUGAAGAUGCGGAUAUCGAGACCGCUGUCGAAUGGGCGCACGGGAAUAUUUUUUAUAACGCGGGUCAGGUUUGUUCCGCGACUAGCCGUCUCCUUGUACACCGCAAUGUCGCGGGCCGGUUUAUUGAGGCUUUUGUAGCGAGGACGAAAGCGCAUAAAGUUGGUUCGGUGUGGGAGGAUGACACUUUUCAGGGUCCGAUCAAUAAUGCGGAUCAGUAUGAGAAGGUAAAGCGUCAUGUACGUCAAGCGCUGGACGAAGGAGCGAAAUGCAUUCUCGGAGGUAUACCUCUAGAGAACCACGGUGAUUCACCUCCGGGCUGGUUCAUCGCCCCGACAAUCUUCACCGACGUAACCCCAACCAUGUCCAUCUUCCGCGAAGAAAUCUUCGGACCUAUCGCCUCCAUUACAACCUUCACCACCCUCCCCGAAGCUAUCGAGCUAGCAAACAACACCUCCUACACCCUCGGUGCAGCAAUCUUCACGAAGGACAUGGGAUGUGCGCAGGAGUUUACGAGGAGGGUUAGGGCUGGACAGGUUUGGGUCAAUUCGGCGGGGGAUUCGGAGCAUGGGAUCGGGUUUGGGGGGAGAGGGGGGAUGAGUGGGUGGGGAAAGGCGUUGGGGGAGGAGGGUGGGCAUGAGUGGGGGGUGGUUAAGAGUUUGCAUAUAAGAGUUGUGUGAAGAGUUGAUUUGGACGCUUAG